AUGAGUGAAGCGGCGCUGGUCAACGCCAGCGUGGUGGUCCAGUACCGCGACUCGCUGGGCAAAGCGGUGGUGAAGAACGUCAUCGUGAUGGCCAUCGGACUCACCAUCAACUACAUAAACGUCAGCCUCAUGUACACAUUCUGCAAGCACCAAAUCUUCUACUCCAACCCUCGCUACAUCCUGUUCUUCACGCUGGUUCUGAACGACAUGAUCCAGAUGAGCGUGGGCAUCACCCUGUUCGUCAUCAGUUACGUCCUCUACCGGAUCACCGUCCUGUCGUGCGCCCCCUUCAUCCUGAUGGCCAUCAUCACCACGGAGAACACACCCCUCAUCUUGGCCUGCAUGGCGGGAGAGUGCUACGUGGCCGUGCGCAUGCCGCUCCACCACGCCCGCAUCUGCACCGUCCCGAGAACCCUGCUCCUCAUCGCUGCCAUUUUGACUGCCAGUUUCAUCUCCGCCUUCCCGGACCUCUUUGUCACACUGGCCAUCGAGCCCGCUGACUACUUCUCCAGAAAGAUCUUCUGCCUUCGGGAAACCGCCUUCCCAAGCCCAUUGCUCAUCCAGAAACGGGACAUCACCUACAUCGUCUACCUGGUCCUGGUCUGGUCGGUCAUCUUUUUCACUUACUUCCAGAUCCUGUUCACGGCCCAGACGGCCAGCAAGGAUGCCAAGAAGGCCAGGAAGACCAUCGUACUGCACGGCGUUCAGGUCCUGCUAUGCAUGACCACGUACGCCGUGCCGCUUGUGAAGGACGCGUUGCUCCGAGCCUUUCCUGAGAGCUACUCAGACUCGCUGUUCGCCUGCUACGUCAUCGUGCAGGUGUGGCCCCGCUCCGUCAGCCCUAUUAUUUAUGGCGUGAGGGACAAAUGCUUCAGAAAGUACCUCAAGCACUACCUGGUCUGCAGGACCGCACCACAUGGAGACAUGUCUUGA